UCUAGCUAGGAAAACACAUCAUAUAUAGUUGUUAGAUCUUUUAACUAUGAAAAACACAAUGCAAAUAAUUUCAAUUUUUUUAUUUGUGUUCAUUUCUUUAAUGUUUGUUUUUCAUCAUCAAAUAUUCUUAAUCGCAAAUGAAAUUGUGGGUAACAAAAAGGAAGCGGAGAAUGUGGAACCAACAAAGACGGGAUUAAGUGCGGAAAUAACUCAAGAUCGAUCGGAUAUAUUGAAAUCUAUCCUAAAGCCAAAACUUCACUUUAACGAGGAAGAAAACGGAACAAAUAUUUUAACUUCCAAUGAAUUUCCUCUAGCUUCAAGAGUCGAUCCGGAAAACAACAAUUCAAAAUUAAAGAAAAUUGGUGAAAUGUUGUACUAUAUCGAAGGCAAUGAAAAACUGGAUUGGUUUUACGCUAUAGAUAAAUGUGAAAGCAUGGGAAGCAGACUACUUAGUCUCCAAAGUGAGAGACAGUGGCAGGAUAUUACAGUAUUCCUGGAACCCAAAGAUAACUAUUGGGUGGACAUCAGUAACGUUCUAUCGGAUUGCGGUUUUUUAUCGGAGACUACCGGACAAAAAGCUAAAUUUAUUAAUUUUAAAAUUGACGAUACAAACAGCAUUUCUAACAGUGAAAGCUGCAUUGAGCUGGGAGCAAAUAAUAAUCAUUACAUGAAUCCGGUAGAUUGCUCGAACCAGAACUUUUAUAUAUGCGAGGCAGAUGAGAAUAACGAUAAUGUAAAUAUAUAAAAAAUAGCUGACUUUACAAAAAAUGUUUUAAAAGUAAACAAAUCCAUUAAUAGCUAUAAUUUGUUUUACCUAUUAAAAUAAUGCCCAUAGUGCUUGGAAAUAUGUAUGGAUACCCAAA